GUUUUGUUUGUGUUUCUUUCGCCAUUGUGUGGUGGCCUUCUGGAUUUGGUGUUUUAGGCCCGAUCGGCCGAGUAACUGUGUUUUAGCCUGGCUUAGCAAGAGGACAUUGCUGAUUCUGAAGGUGUAAUGGCCUAUACUUGACGAAUGCCGUGGAUUUGACUUCGUUUCUGCGCGUUUGGAUUUUCCUGGAACACGCCACAGCGACUGAGUAGAUUGUCCAAGAGAGAGAGAGAGAGAGAGAGAGCGUAGUCGGUCUUUGUUGGGACUGAAUCGGCGGUGAGAGCCGGACUGAACGGUUUCAGGAUUUUUGUUGUUGUCUUGACGCUGCCGGAAUCAUGCCCAAUUCACGAGCGAGGAAGAAGCGGCUCGCGGAGAAACAGCGCAAGGAGAGUAAGCAGGUCAACGUGGAGCGCAGGAUGUCAACGUGCUCCAUGAACCCGGCCAUGCUGCAGGGCUGCAAGGACGGCGGCGGGCGGCGGCGGAUGUCCAUGGGAUGCUCGACACGCAUACGCAGCGACAGCUCGAGCAGUGACGGAGCGGACAGCUGCCCAGAGGGCGAGAUGGAUGGACCAAAUUCGGGCCUGUUCACGUCGGCCGUCUCAUGGUUUUCGUACGGUCUGGACUACGUCAUACCAUCUAGAAAACUAGUACGAGAGCUAGAAGAAACCAAGGAGCGGCUCAAGGCUGCCGAGGAUCAGCUGAAAAAAGAGAAGAAAAAAGCACGUCGCUCCGUCAGCCAGGGCGUGUCGUUUGCCGUGUCGCCGUCGCGCUCCUCGUCGCCGAUGACGCAAGUACCACCUGCACCCGCACCACCGCCGCCGCCUCCACCACCGAUGGCCACACUUCUCCCCAAGCCCCUCGUCAUAAAGCGUGGCAAGAAAUCUGCAGAUGCUUUGUCAAAGAGUCAAGACUCCUCACGGCCUCUUGUGACCAUCGACGACCUGAUGAAGAUCAAGCUGAAACCUGCAGUUAGAAUGGUCACUCGCUCUCAGUCAAAGAAAGCCGAUCCAUCAGGUCCCCUAGUAUCUCUGCAACAGCUGAAGUCUGUGCGUUUAAAGCGGGCCAACACAGUGGACGUGAAGACGUUACGCGAGUCAACCAACGGUAUCACUGGAGGUAGAGCGCCCAGCUCCUUUGCAAAGCGCCUGCGUCGCCUGGACAUCAGGAGAAGUCCCGGCGGCACGCCGGUGUCACUUGCCGCCGAGCACUGUGCUGCCAAGGAGAACGUGGACAUGACGCCGAUGCUAUCCAUCGCGCUCCAGCGGCGCUUCGGUUCUGCAAUGCUCCACUCGCCGCUCUCCUCUCCGGACAGAUCAGAUUCCUCGUUCCUUUCGCAAGAAGGCGACAGAUAGACAGAUGGGCCGACAACUUGCUGUGGCGGCUAGGCCGGCGCCACGCCAUGCGCCCGAUUGUGCCCGCGAGUUCCGUAUCGGGACGCUGUAAGUUGUUCGAUACUUGAACGUUGACUGACUGUCGACAUCAGUGGCUCUGUCGCACGCACCCCUAGCUACUCUUAUUCCCGGCUGCCGUUAUCGCUACGCGCGAGCUUUCCAGCGACCUAGACAUUUUGUACAUAUUGAGAGAAUUAUUUCAGUUUCUUUGAGUAUUUACGACUCGAAUGUCUGCAUGCAAGUAUUAGUCACUUGGCGGAGCCUGUGAGAGUCGUAUGUAUACUAUGUAACCAUGUGUUCUCCUUUCUGCUGAUAUUAAACGCAUCAGCUGUAUGGCUUGACUCUCCGCGGUUGACCUUGGAGAGCGUGCCCUGUGUUUGAACAGCUGUGCUUGCUGGUAAUCUUAGGCACCCCCGUGCAUGCUGUUUGCUGAGCUUCUGUAUGUGUUAUAUUUUGGUUCUCUCUCCCCCCCCCCCACCUUUAAUUUUAUAUUUCGUUGACCUAACUAUUGUACUGCUCAGGUUCAACGAAGAAGUUUUUUUUCUUUCUUUUACGGCUGUAAGAGUGUACGGUGACGUCGCUGUCCGUUUACUGCUGU